AUGUCAGUACCUGAGGCACUCGUUCCAGAGGGAACUCCUACAAUGAUGAGCCCGCCUGAGAUUGAAGCGCCCGACUUCGAUUCCCUUCCUCCAGUUGAAGGGCAGCCUCAAGGCUGUGCUUGGGGGCUCUGGGGCAAAGAUGAUGAGCUUGGAACCCUGAACCUGCUGACGGCAGCUCGAAAGCUCGAAGCCGCAAAAGAGAUCAAAGCUGGCCUGAGCGUGUCGCUAGACAUGCCGCUCGAUUUCAUGACUCACAUGAUAGCUCACAGAAUCAAGUUCGAGCAGAAGAUCAUCGAUUUCAAGGACUUGUUCAAUUCGGCCGGUCAUGAUGACGAAUUACACUUCAAUACUCAAGGUGGCUCGCAGUGGGAUGGUUUCACUCACAGCGGCACGAAAGUCCCUGGCGCAGAGUUCUACUAUAACGGACAGCGCCAUGAGGAUGUGAAAAAGAAGAGAGAUGGUCGCAAUGGAAUCCACAAAUGGAUUGAAGGAGGCGCAAUUGUUGGUCGAGGAGUACUAUUGGACUAUGUCCGCUGGCGGGCAGAGACGAAUCAGCCACCCGCCGCUGCAGACUCUGCCCACUCGAUUACUGUGGCCGAACUCGAAGCCGUUGCUGCGUACCAGAACCUAACUUUGAAACCGGGCGAUAUCCUCCUGGUCCGGGGCGGUUGGACGCUCUGGUACGAGAAAGCCUCGCAGGAAGAGCGCGUUCAGAAGCUGGAGCGCAACCACUUCGUUGGUGUCGAACGCAGUAUGGAGAUGGUCCGGUGGCUAUGGAAUCAUCAUUUCGCAGCCGUCGCCACUGACUCGAUCGGCUUUGAGCAGUGCCCACCACCAUUUGGGAAGCUUGAUCAGAUUGUCCUGCACACCUGGCUGUUGGUCUGGUGGGGCACGCCUCUGGGAGAGCUGUGGAACCUGGAAGACCUGAGCCGUCUCUGUGCCGAACGCAAUCAAUGGUCGUUCUUCUUCACAAGCCACCCAUUGAAUGUGAAGGGUGGCGUAGGUAGUCCGCCUAACGCGGUUGCGGUGCUAUAA